UUUGUGUUGUGUUCAUGUUCGCUUGAAGUCGCUUCCACUCGCUUCAUUAAUUUACUCUAAACUCAAAUAGUUAGAAUUUAACAUACUAUCACAUUAAUCUAAAAGUAUCCCAUUAAACUCCAUGGAUCUCAACCGGGUACCGAACGAGCGUAAGCUGUACCUCUGCAAAUGGUACUUCAAAGUCGGAUUCGCACUCUUGCCAUUCGUGUGGGCCAUCAACACAGUGUGGUUCUUCACUGAGGCCUUUCGGAAACCCGCCUACGAUGAGCAGAAGGAGAUACGGAAAUAUGUAAUAUUUUCUGCAAUUGGAUCCAUCAUUUGGUUUACAUUGAUCCUGACCUGGGUCAUGACGUUCCAGCUAAAGCGAACCGAGUGGGGCGAUUUCGCCGAUAGCAUAAGUUUCAUCAUUCCCCUGGGACGCGCUUGAAAGAGUGGAUUUUUUUUUAGUAAAUUAGAGUUGCUAAAAUAAUUUCAAUUCAUCGCUUACUUAUUACCCUCAUUACUCAUUAAAAUCAUUGAAAUAAAUAUAAAUACUGAUAUCACCAAACAAAAAA